AUGCCCUCCUUCGUGCCGGACGAAAACACGGCAAUCGACUCGCAGUCCUCGGGUGUCGUGCACCUUGACCGGGCCGCCGAGUACGGCUUAUCCCAGGCCAAGGUCAAUGGACCUAUCGCUCACCAGCCACAAUCGCACACGUCAAACGAGAGCUUUGACGGGAGCUCAGCGAAUUCCACCAGAUCAUCCACUACAUCCGAGACGUCCAUCGAACCGGAGCGGCGCGCGACCAAGAACUUUUCGCUCCCACAGAGCAUGACCUCACCACAAAAUGGAACUGCCGGCGGAGGAGUAAACGGGCUGGGCUCUCCCGAUUUUAUGGGCCGGAAAUCGCUCUCGUCCAGUCAUUCGGCGCCGCUCGUGGAUCGGACUGUACCGAGCUCGGGGACGAGAGGAACAACCACUGAUGCACCGAGCUGGAAUAUGGGCUGGAAUCUGGGCGACGGUAUUCCACGUGUUCCCUCAGGAAACAAAACCCCGCCAGCACAACCAGAGGCCGGGCGCUCCGGACCGGUCGCCUCUCAAACCUCGAGCCCGUCCUCGAUUCAAAGAAACCAACAACCUGCACCCCACAGAUACUCGUCACCUCCCGUGUACGACCAGCCGAACUCCUCCGGCCCUUUGCAGACCCCACCUGUACCGGGUAUCAAACAUCGGCAUACCUUGGAAGUCCCCAAGGCUUCCUCCGCGCGCGGCUCACGAGACGGAAUCGACACCGCCCAUUCCAGCGGCAGAUUCUCUCCUACCAUCGCGGCUGCUGGGGGACGUAGGGCGUCGCUAAGUUUAGCUCGGAGAAACACGCGAUCCCUUCAUUCGGAUGGCCCACGCGACGAGGUGGUCCCAGAUGAGGACGCGAUGCGGUGGGCGGAGGCGUACAGGCAAAAACGGGCGAGCAAGCGGAGGAAAAGAGAGAUCGAGGACGACGACAGGGUGUUGGUCGGCACCAAGGUCGACGAGACGCAUGCGAACUGGGUGACGGCAUAUAACAUGCUGACCGGCAUCCGUGUGGCCGUCUCACGAACCAACGCAAAGCUCGACCGACCCUUGACCGACGCCGAUUUCGACGUCAAACAAAAGUCCACCUUCGACAUUGCCGGAAACGAGUUGGUCCCGUCAGCCAAGUACGACUUCAAGUUUAAGGACUACGCUCCCUGGGUGUUCCGCCACCUCCGCACUCUGUUCCGCCUGGAUCCCGCUGAUUACCUGAUGUCGCUGACUGGAAAGUACAUCUUGUCAGAGCUCGGAUCGCCUGGAAAGAGCGGAAGUUUUUUCUACUUUUCGCGGGACUACAAGUACAUCAUCAAGACAAUCCAUCACGCCGAGCAUAAGUUCCUCCGCAAGAUCUUGAAGGAUUAUUACCAGCACGUCAAGGACAACCCCAACACGCUGCUCUCGCAGUUCUACGGCCUGCACCGUGUCAAGAUGCCGUACGGCAAGAAGAUUCAUUUCGUCGUCAUGAACAACCUAUUCCCUCCACACCGGGAUAUCCAUCAGACCUUUGACUUGAAGGGCUCGACUAUCGGUCGGGACUACAGAGAAGACGAUUUAGAAAACAACCCGCGGGCGACCCUGAAAGACCUGAACUGGCUCCGUCGGAAGAGGAAUAUCGAGCUGGGACUUCAGAAGAAACAACUCUUCUUGGAGCAGCUCUACAAGGAUGUGCGGCUAUUGCAAAGAUUGCAGAUUAUGGAUUACUCUUUGCUCGUAGGCAUCCACGAUCUCCAACGAGGCAAUGAAGAGAACCUGAGGGAUAAGACUUUGCGCGUCUUCAACCCGGGCGGGAGCGGCAACACCUCGGAAGACUUCGAGCCCCACUCGGUUCUUAUGCGAACCCCCUCUAAACUCGAGAGCCAGCGCAAGGCCAGAGAGCUCCGGCAGAUGAUCCAGUCCGAGAAGCCGGUGCCAAUGGGGCAAACAAGUAGCAGAAUGCCGGACGAGCUUGAGGAAGGGCAAAACCGACCGGGCUUCAUCUUCAACCAGGACGAUGGCGGCUUCCGGGCGACACACGAGGACAACUCGCCAGGAGAAGAGAUCUACUACUUGGGAGUGAUCGACUGCCUUACCCACUACGGUAUCAUCAAGAAGAUAGAGCACUUCUGGAAAGGCCUAUCGAGUGAUCGCAGUCAGAUUUCGGCUCUGCCACCUCACGAAUACGGCGAGAGGUUCAUCAGCUUCAUCUCGAGCAUGGCCAUGUCACAAGAAGAAGCUAUCCGAGCCGCCCAAGAACGAGACGCUGCGCUUGCGGCUGAAGCCGCUGCGGAGAUUCCUCCUAUGCCCAAUUACCAGCCUCCCUUACCGCCUUCUUCGUCGCCAUCCGGUCAAAGCCGAGUGGGACAGCAGGCAGGAAUCCCUGAGUUGGCUGACGAAGAGGAUGAUGCUCCAGAACGUGUUUUGAGAACAAUUGUCACUGCCCCUCCUAACAAUUCGGGAACCGGCAAGGCCAGUCACAACCCGAAUGCGCCAGCCGCCGAACGCAGGGAGACAACCGUUCUUCCGGUGGUGGAAGAAGCGAUUGAGGGCACAUCAACCGGAGACCGCAGCGGUACCAGCCGCGUGAGCAGCCUCACCACGGAUAGCGAGGUCAGGCCGUUAACCCCCGCCAAGGAAGGUGAUGAGCUCGCCCCGGGGUUUGGAAACCCACUUCUUGGUAGCCGUAACGGCAGCACGGGCAGCAGUUUCCAAGCACGCCCGCCGCCAACUCCGCCAAAAACUGGCCACGGGUACACUGGGCGUUCGAAGCCGGAAAGCGCAGACAGCGGAUACGGCGUUGGUGUCAGUGGUAGCAGCAGCAACGGGGGCCUGAAGAGCCUUACCGGGUCCCAGAGAUCGCUAGGCCUUCGACAACAGAUCAGCCGCGACAGCCUCGACAAGGCUUUGCCACCUCUUCCGAACGGCGGCCAACACCGUUCUCAAAACGUGUCGUAG